AUGAAGUGUGAUUACGUCUUUGUUACUCAAGAAUCCGAACCGAGCAGUGUGAUUGCCUCAUCCAUCACUUCAAUGCCGGAUGGUUCCACACCAGUUGAAGCUACUGUCUCCACCUCAACACCAUCUCCGGUUCAGAGUUCUUCACUAACUCCUCCUGCCACCACAUCGGUUAGUUCCGAACCAGCGCCACUUUUUGUCCCAAACAUGUUCAGUUCUGAUGCGUUUGGUCCUCCCACACCUUCUGAAUUGGGGAGGCCAAUACAAGCUCCUGCUUUUAGCUUUGGUGAUGGUACAUUGUCUAGUUCUGCACCAACGCAAGCUCUUGGUCCUACCACUAGUUCGGAACCGGCGCAAGCUUCUGUCACGGACUUAGCUGCAUCUUUAUUCACUUCAUGGCAAACUCAUAGUUUUGGUUCUGGUGCAUCUGCUGGUUCCACAUCCUCAACUUCAUCUCCAUUUGCUGCUCCCACACCGUUUAGAUGCGAGUCAAUGCAAGCUCCUCCUACUUUUGGUUCUGGUGCAUCUGCUGCUUCCACAUCCUCAACAUCAUCUCCUUUUGCUUCUACUUUCCAACCUAGUGCACCCAACAGUUCCUCACUCUUUAGCUUCAGGCCGGCGCAAGAUGCUUCUGCUUCUCCUUCAGCGUUUGCUUUUAACGUACCUAAUGCUGGAUUCUCGCCGCCAGCUUCAAGCACUGCCCCAGAGAAUCUAUUCAACAGAUUGGUUCACGUAACUGGUGGUGGUGAUACUAAUUACUGGCCCGGACCUCCCUCCAACACUUUUGGACCAUCACGCAACAGCUUUUUUCCCGGAUCUGGUGUUGACUACUUAGCUUCUGAGGGUAGUAGGUAUCCUCCUUAUGCACCUACACCCAGUGAAGAUCCAUACAAGAUGAUGAGUUCCAUAUCUGCUUCCGACUAUUAUGCGCAUAAAAGCCAUGAAGAAUUAAGGUGGGAAGAUUACAAAAGAGGAGACAAAGGUGGGGUUGGGUCGUUUCCUGCUGCUCAUAUCUCUUCCCAAUUCUCAAGGCCAAACGCUUUCUUUUCCCAACCAACCGUGACGCCGUCGCCAUUUGCUUCUCCAAGAAUACCAUAUCAUUCGCCGCCGUCGUCAUUUGCUCCUCCAAGAACACCAGAUCAUUCGCCGUCGUCGUUAUUUGCUCCUCCAAGAAGACCAGAUUUUCCUGCUGCUGUUCAGAGACCCCAUGAUGGUGUUUCUUACCAAGCAUCUGGAUGCACUACGUGUGGAGCCACAAGUAGCUCCUUUCCUUCUGGUCCCACAAAUCCUCCAUCAGUUCCUCUUCCCGGCUCCUGGUUUUCUACAUCUGGUUAUUAUCCGAAUCUUGCAGCGCAAGGUACAAGAACAACUCCAGCACUUCAACCCUAUCCUAUGAUGUUUGGUCCAACAUAUCUUGCAGCUCAAGGUACAGCGACAACUCCAGCACUUCAAGCCUAUCCGAUGAUGUUUGCUGCUCAAGGUACAAAUCUUGCUGUUCAAAGUGCAACUCCAGCAUUUCAAGCCUAUCCGAUGAUGCCUGGUGCAACCACUGCUGCUCAAGUUACAAAUCUCGGUGUUCAAAGUACAACUCCAGCAGUUCAAGCCUAUCCUGUUGCUGGUUACAUUCUUGUCCCAUUCCCCACCAUGAAUCUGCAGUAGUUGCUUCUCGCUCUGCAUCGAACUCUGUCUUUUAGAUUUAUAGGACUAGGUCUCUGUUUUGCUUAAAGAGUCA